UGCAUCACUUGAAAUAGCAUUAAGAAAAAAAACUCUCGAAUCUGGUCAUGUUAUCUAUAUAGGUACAGGUGCUUUUUGGGGUGCUGAAGAUAUUGAUAAAAUGAAUGAACGUAAUACACUUCGUUCAUUAUGUAUUACAAUGAAAAAACAUCCUGAUUGUUAUAAACUUAAUGAACCAUUACGAUCAAAAUUAAUUGAUGAACGAACAAAACAUGGUGAACAAUUAGGUGAAAUUGUUAUUUAUUCAGGUCCAGUUCGUGAAUUAUGUCAAUUAGCACCAAAUAAUGUUAAUACAAUGGCUGUUGGUGCAAUAAUUGCUAGUAAUCUUGGUUUUGAUCGUGUUCAAGGAUGUUUAAUUGCUGAUACAUCAUUAUAUGAUCGACAUAUUGUUGAAAUUGAAUUAACAGGACCAGAAAAAACUAUUGAUGAAAAUAAACCAGUAAAAUUCCAUUUGAAAACUAUUCGAACUAAUCCAGCUGAAUUUGGUGUCGUUACUGGCACAGCAACACUUCUUUCAUUUAUUAGUAGUAUUAAACGUGCAAAAGAAAUACUUGUUAGUGUGCCGUCCUAUGCUGAUGUUAAUGUUUCAUCAUGGGUAACUGAUGAAGGUCUUAAUUAUAUUGAUAGUGGUAUUGCAUAUGAUGUUACUCUUGAUGAUAUGCAUCAAUUUUCAUUAAUGGAUUCACAACCUAUAAGAAAUUAUCUCAGUUUUGUAUCACGUAUGGCUCAUCUUUUUCAUAGUUUUAAUCGUGUUGCUUAUGAAACACUUCUUCCACAACUUCGUAAAAAAUCUGGUACACCUCGUGUAAUUAUAUUUGAUUUAAAUAUGUUAUGGGCAAUUGAUUUAGCUGAACAACUUGGUUCCAUACCAGCUAUUGUUGUUUGUCCAUUUCUUAUUGAUGCACUCGAUUUACCAAGUAUGACACCACAUUGGCAUACACCAUCGUACAUUGUUCCUUAUUCACCAUCGACUUUUUUUGGUCGUAUUCAAUUAUUUUUUUAUCGUUCAAUAAUAAUACCAUAUCAAAAAUAUUUUAUAUUUUCUCAUAUUUAUCAACGAAAAUUUGAUUAUGAAUAUUUAAUUAAAAAACAUUAUCUUAGUGUAUUUGUUAGUACAGCACCGCCAUUUGAAAUUCCACGUUCAGUUAUUAAUCCUGCUAUUCAUUUCUUAGGUCCAUUUGUAUAUGAAUAUCGUUUACAACCAAUUCAUCAUAAUUUACUUUUAUGGCUUAAUGAUAUUGUUCAACAAAAUGAUACGCUUAUUUAUAUAAGUUUAGGUUCAAUUGGUCUUCUUACACAAGAACAAUCAAAUAAACUUAUUUAUGCAUUUAUGAAAUUAAUAGAGACAAAAACUUCUUCUCAAAUACGUAUUUUAUGGGCUCGUGGCAAUACUUUAAAAAGUAAUGAUAGUCGAUUUCGUCUUGAAGGUUUCGUACCACAAAAAACCAUCUUAUCACAUCCAGCUAUGCAACAAGAACGUUCAAUUUAUAUAAAUCAUUGUGGUAUGAGUUCAAUGCAUGAAUCAAUUGUAUUUGGUAUUCCACAAAUUGCAUUUCCACUUUUUCUUGAUCAAUAUCAAGUUGCUAAACGUAGUGUACAAUUACAUAUGGGUUUAUAUAUUGAUAAAAAUAAUUUUACAUCAAAUGAAUUAAUUGAAAAAAUUCUUCUAAUUUUAAAUAAUCCACAUAUAUAUCGUCGUAAUACAAAAAAAAUAGCAGAUUCAUUUCGUAUAUAUGGUAAUGGUUUAAAACGUGCUCAAAAUAUCAUUGAAUAUAUGAGUAAAUAUGGACGUGAUAUACAAAAACAAAUAGUAUCUUAUGAUAGUCAGAUGAACUGGAUUGAAAAAUAUUCAUUAGAUAUUCUCAUUUGUUUUCUCUUGUUUAUUUUUAUUAUGUUUAUAUUAAUACGAAUAACAUGGAAAAUAUUAAUAUUAAUUCGAAAAGAAAAAAAAGAAUAA